CCGGGUGCGACGGGAGGCACCUGGAUGGAGGGAGGGGCCGAGGGAGGGGCGCUCCCGGGCCGGCCCCCCCCAUCCCUGCGUGGUGGCAGCGGCCCCGGUGCGGCGGGGAUGCCGGUGCGGAGCGCGGCGGGCAGCGCCGGGGCUCGCCACCAUGAAGAAGCAUCACUCGGUGCAGGGCACCUUCAGCCGCCUCUUCGGGAAGCGCCAGCCCAGCCCCGCCGCCGCGUCCCUGUUCGCCACCAACCCGCCCUGGAUCUUCACGCAGGAGGUGACCUCGGACAGCGCUGGUGGCACCGGUGAUGUGAUUGAAGUGUAUUAUGGCGACAAUCGCUUUGGGACAAUGACUGACUCUGGCACGGCAACGCUGAAACCACGUCCGAGAGUCCGGCCGCUGCUGACGUUCUUACCCCUUAAUGCCCAGGAAUCCCAUGGGGUGGCUGUGCCAACGCCGUCAGUGCCGGAAGACUUUGAGGAAAAACCAGCUCUUGGAUCUGGCUCCCAGGUCAAUGGGAACUACCGAAUGUACAGCUCGGUGGGGGACCUGCGCCCGCAGGCUCUCGAUGGGGAUGACCUGGAUGAAGACAUCCCUCCGCCGCCAUCGGUGCCCCCACCACCCCCUCCAACAGCACCGGCACCCACACCACCAGCCUCGCCGGUCCCUCCGCCACCCGAAAUGCUGCCCCCACCACCACCGCCUGAGGUGGUGCCACCACCUCCUGCCAUGGCAGCUCCGCCACCUCCAUCCUCCGCCUUGUCCUCGCCCAGCACACCGGCUCCUCCGGACUUCAUCCCGCCAGCCCCACCGGGAGCUCCUCCGCUCAACCGGGCCCCGGCUCCCUUCACCACCGGCAUCUCCAAGUGGAAGUCCGAGACAGUGCUGAACACAAGGCAGGCGGAUGCUGAGGGUCCGCUUUGCCCUGCCGAGCCUGGGGUCCCUGCUGCCCCUGGCCCAAAGGAGAGCCUGCAGCCCAAGCACUGUCCCGAGCCUCACCUCACCUUCCCCAGGUCCUUCAAGGUGCCUCCGCCAGCCCCAGCCCGGUCUUCCUCCAUCCCGGUGCAGGAGAACCAGCCCAUGGGGCAGGAGCCCUUCCCCAGGCAGCCCCAUGCCCGGCCCCCCCUCCCUCCCUGCUUCACCAUCAGACCCGCAGCCAAGGCUUACGCAGGAGAAGCUGAGCAAAGGAAUUCCCCAUUGCGACAGGGCAUCACUAAGCCAACACCCCCACCACUGAGCCCCAAGCCGGGUGCAGGGCUCAGCCGAGGGGUGAAUCCUGCUGGUCACCAGUCCCCGCAGCCAGGCUCCGAGGUGGAGAAGGUUCCCCAGCCAAAAACAGCCGAGAAAGACUCUCCUCCUCCAAACCCUGAACCCCUCACUGCCAACGACCUGGACCUCCCUCCUCCGGACUACCCGACCGCUGAGGAUGACUGGAGGGAUGCUGGCAACCUGAGCAGGCUGCGGCACGAGCUCUCUGCCCUCCUGCGCUCCCCACGGAGGGAGGAGAAGCCAGCGGAGAAGCCGGCUGCUCCCCAGCCCGUGGAUGCUGGUACCAACCACACCAGCAGCCAUGAACCCAGCCUCAGUGUGCCCCAACCUGCAGGGAAGGAUGUGCAGUUACCCAUAGAAGGGAAGAGUGAGAAGAAAGAGGUGCCCAGCAGCAUCCCCAUUGCCAAUGGUGGCUCUCCCAGCACGGUGCUCCCCGCUCCGGACAGCGGCUCCACUGCACAGCCCCGCAGCGUGAUGAAGAUCAGGAAUGAGCUGGAGGCUGUGCUGUCCCUGAAGAAAGAAGGGAAACCUGCUGUGGGGCUCAGCAGCCAGAAACAGGGCUCCGAGGAUGGUGGCAGCACCCCACGUAUGAGGAAGAGCCCUCCUGACCUGAGGAAGAGCCCUCCUGACCCAGGUGAACCAGUGCUGCCAAAACCAGCCCCAAGCCUGCUCCCAGCACCAGCGGCUGCAGUGGAGAAGGAUGAGCCAGGGCACGAGGACCAUCCUGCUCAUGCCACAAGCAAGCCCACAGAGAACUCGACCCCUUCUCCCGAGCCCCUCAACGUCAGUGUGAGCCCCCCAGACCCAGCUCAAGGCACUGUGGAGGAGCCCCCUGCUCCCACCUCGCCAUCACCCCCUGUUUCUCCUGCACAGAGCUCAGCACCGCAGCCCGAUGCGCCCAUCUUCCAGUACAAGGUGCACAGGGCUGGGGCCAGCUCAGCAGAGCCACCCUGUGCCUCGAGCCCGGCUGAACCACCCGGCCCCAUGGGCUUGUCCAGGAGCCCCUCGGGAGCAGGGCAAGAGGAGGAGCUGAUCCACCCGGUGACGGGGGAACGCGUGGAGCCGGGGUCCCCCAUGGCUCUGCUGCUGGCAGCCCGGCAGCGCGCCCAGCGGGGCCGGCAGGGGGGUGAGGUGGGAGCCGUGCCCCGGGCCAAGCUGCCCCUGAAACCCAGCAGUGCCUUGUCAGACACCGCCUCCACCAGCUUCUACCGCCACGAAUCCAAGCCUGGCUCCUUCACCGUGGUGCCCCGGCCGCCUGCGGUGGGAACAGCGGGGUCGGGAUGGAGCAGACCUCCAUCCUUCUCCAGCUCCUCGGAGCAGGGCCGGGAUACACGCGCCGCGGGUGAUGCACAGCCCAUGAGCAUCCCCGGGCACCGGCGGGCUGAUGCUUCCAGCCUCCUGCGAGGUCUCCUUGAGCCAGGGCAGCCGAAACAGCCCAUCCCGGCCCGCCGCGGUGUGCACAGGGAGGAGGAGAACGGGGAGGCGGUGCUGGACUAUGGGAUUAUCCCACCACCCCCUGAAUUCAGCAACGAGGCGGAUGAGACCGAGGGGCCUCUCCCGAGUCGGGAGGAGAACCGCAAGUGCCCCAGCUUCCCCGACAGCAGCCGGGGCUCGGAGCCCCCGCGGUAUUUCAGGUGGCCCGGCUACGGCCGCAACUAUGGGGGCAACCCCGAGCCCCCAGCCCUGGAGCCGAGCAGGAGGAGCAGCGACUUGGUGCCGCAGUACCCGGACUACAGCAGCUCUGCCGGGUACAGCAGCCGCUGCCCGAACCCGCGCCCGCUCAUCAAGAAGCGCCUUUAUGUCUCCGAGCCCGACAGCUCCUACCCCCGGGCUGCUGCACCCCCCCGUGCCUCGGGCACCCUCUCCUCCUAUGGCCCCGGGGGUUACAGCUCCUCGGCUGGGGACAACGGCCGCCGCCUCAGCUCCGGCCAUAGGAACGGCCCCACAAGUGCCCAGGGCCGGAGGACGUCCCUUGAUGGCGCUGGGAAAGCGGCUCCGUACGGCAGCGCCGAUGCCAAGUACAAGGGGCAGAAUGGGGAUUUCUCACCCCCCAGCGCGGUGGCAGCCCCCAGACCUCUCCAUGGCACCUCACAGUACAGUGGACCUACCAACACCUUCACGGUGAGGCCUGGCGCUCGGCAGCCCAUCUCCUACACCUACCAGAGCGGGCACCGAUAGGCUUGUCCUCAGGGCUGCUCUGCCACCUUCAUCCGGCUGGGAAGCGAGAAGAAGGCAUCUCACUUGGUCGUCUGCUUCCCUUUGGGCACCAGGGAUGGUCCCAACCCAGCCUGGCAAGCGCACUGCUUGAAACCACUGAUGGAGAAGGUGGGGAGUGAACCUGGGACUUGGACUCUUCUUGGAUGACUGUCAUGGAGAGUAGUUACUACAGAGGACAGGCUGCUGUCUCGUUACGUGAGCAAACAUGGUUUUUCUUCUCCUAUUUUCCCCCAAAUGUAUUCCUUUCAAAACUGCAGACUGAUAGGUCUUCUAAGAAAGCCAGAAAGUAUCCUUAGUUCUCUUUAAAGAGCAUCACCACUGGAGAGAUGGUUUUCAGUUGGGUUUUUCAGUUGGUUUAAAUCAAAAUGCUCAGGAAAAGAGAGAAACCAAGUGGGAGAUGUGCCAAAUGGAAGCAAGCUAAAUGUAAGGGAAUUAAAGUAAGAACGCGAGGCCGAUUGGAUGGAAAUGGAGUUUAGGAUGUCUACAUCCCAACCUCUUCUGUCCCUACCUCCUACAAAAGCCUUAAGCAAAUCAAUUACUCCAGUGCCUUAAAACCAGCUCCUGUCUUUCAGUGCCUGUCCUGCUGAGCCAGGGACAUCUCUGCCCUCGAGAUCUGAGCCCCCUUCCCCAGGGAGCAGCUUUGGGAGCAUGGGCCCUUGCUUUCCGAUGCCUUUUGGUCACUAAGUGUUUCUGUUGGGGAUUGUUCGUCAUGGAGGAAGGCUGUUCCUCAUGGAUGGAUGCCUGUAAAGCACUUUGGAGGCUUAAAACCUUGAGCAGUCCUUUUCCUUUAUCAGCUGGUGGGUGUCAGUGACCCACCAAGGUGCUGUGCUGGUGGUGCUUUCCUCGAGGGGUCUCUUGCCACUUCAUCCCCAUGUAAACCCCACCUCUAAAAGCUAAGCCAUAGAGUCCUUCUAAACUGUUAUACUGAGACUUGGCUUUGGUUUGUCUGAGUUGGGGGACGAAGAAGGCUAAAUUUCAGUGUAAUCGUAGAGUGUUCGAUGCUCCUGGUGUGUGGAAUGCCUGCAGUGACACCUAAGGGAGCUGGUUUCCCUAAGUGCUUGUCUGGGUGCUGGGUGCAAGCCUGCCUGCUCUUCCUGCCAGUGCCUUCAGUGAUGGUUAAGUCGUGGGGUGAGAGAUAUGAGUAGCCUUAAAGAGUAUAAAACACUACAGAGUGAGAAAUGCAGCCUCAUAAGAGACCAAAGUGUUCAAUCCCAACUUCCCGAAACCAGAAAGCGAGGAGCUUCCUUCCAAAUAAACUUGCUGAGAAUCAUUGUAAGAUAAGUGUAAAAACUUGUAGAGAAUGUUUUCUAAUCACUGACAGACUAAAAGCACUUUGAGACAUGAGUCUACCUUUAUGGAAAGCACUUUCUCCUUUCAAUCCUAUCAAUACCAUUAGUACCACUCCGGCAAAGCCUGCGUUGCACACUCCUGUGUCUGUGGGCCUGGAAGCAGAUUUUGUUCUCCGAUUCAACUCCAAAACUCAGUGAUGCGUUUUCCCUCGGGGUGGAGUUACCGCAAGAGUUAUCUCGAUAGCAGUGCCACGUCGUUGAUGUUCUCUGGUUCAUGUUCUUUCCAACUUCACCUAACAAUUGAUCGGCUGUUUCGAGCAUUGCAGCAGCCGCCGAGUAUUCUGAACUUGCCUUUGCUGUGAAUAAAAUGAGAAUGCAACUACCACAAUGGGUCUAACAGCUAAUUCAAAUGGCAUUUCUAUGCCGGUGAAUGGCAGAGACUUGGAAGGAUUCCAGACGUGCUCACCGCAGCCGGUAUUGAAAGAACACGUUUUAAACAUCUGGGUGUUGGUCUUUAGCAAAUGUUUAUGGAGCAAAGCGACUAUGGAGUAACACGCUGGGUAUUUAGGUGUGCCAGUGCCAUGCAGAGUAGCCCUCCCUCUUAAAACACUGAAGCUUCUCCAUGGGAGGAGUAUCUGGAGGAUUCUUACUGCAGAAGUGAAGCCAUGACCCUCUUUGGGUGGCUUUGGGGUCAUGGUUUAGUGUUGGAUGAAGUUGAACUUGAACCAAACCGAAGAAGCCUUCCUGAUAAUGUUGCAACCUGAUUGUUUCCCCCUUCCUGAUAUCGUUUUCCCAAAAUACGAAGUUAUAACUGCAAAUGAGUUCUCAAAAGCAGUUUUAAACGUAAAGGUUUGCUGGGAGACAUCAGCCUUCAACAUUGACUUUGCCCUGAAAUGGGGGGUGGCUGUAUGAGCGAUUUUUCCCCCAAGAACUCUCCUAAAUUAUAGUGUAUCCCCAACACGAGAGUGUUUUCUUCUUAGGGCAAAAUGUGGAACUCCACUGGUAGCACUUGCUUUGAGUUUCACAUUUACUGUUUCACCUAGACAUGCAAUUCCUAGGUACUUGUAAGAUGGUGUUAUACAGCGUGGAGUGUCUUGUUUCUAGCUGUGUAUGUGUUCAUAUUUAAUAUUAGAAGCAUGAUAAUGUCAGCUCUAUGAAACAGCCGUCACUCAUUCCCCUGCUGGGAAUGCACAGUGGACUUAAGCUGUAAGUAAAUCAGGUAGGACAUGCUCGCAGUUGUAAAACUGGUUAGCAUGCAUGUUUUAAGCAGUGGAACGCUUCUAUUCUUUAAACACUUCGGGCUCUCCCUGCUCCUUCUGAAUGCAUUAAGCACAAGCCUCAGAUUUCAGCAACAACCACGUUUAUGCUGGGGCCACUGGGAGCUGUUUGGGGUACAAAGAAACCACUGUCAGAGCUGUUGGCAGCCGGAGCACUUACGGAUGAAGCAAGGGCCUCUCAGCUGCAGGGAUGGGAAGAGCCCCCUUCUUCCUCUGUCAGGUAACUGUGUCAGGACAGCACAUAGAUGUGCCCUGAUUCCUGUUGCUGCUCCUCCUCAGCUCUGUUUCACUAUAUGAAUUUAGCAAUAGAAGAGGAAGAAACUAAGGGGAAUAGUGAUGGAGCCCAGCAACCAACCUUAUAGCCCAGUUUGAAGCCUGACGAUGGGAUGAUUCUCACUUCAACCCUCUCUGGUGCAGUUUGGUCAUUCAAGCCUUGAUGCAACUUAAAUUACCCCCUGCAGCUGCUUCUUCCUCAAAGGUACCUGCUAAUGUAGUAUAACUGAGAGCUUUACUUGUAAAGUGUUGAACAAAGUCUCUUAUUUAUGAGUGCCAUUGAACACCAACUUUCUUGCAUUAAAUAUGUCUGGACGUAUUGUUUUAU